GGUAUUAGGUACCAUGAUAUGAAGUUCCGGAACACCCGAGCCACUGCUCAGUGAACCUCGUCUGAGCACAUGAGAAGGGGCUUUUUGGUUUGAUCACUUCAUCCCCUUCGAGUGUCCUUGCUCAAAUUCCGACCAUGUUCCAGAUGGCAUUACGCUGAGUCUCUCGAAACUAUCUCAUCGUCUCUGACGCGCUUGACACUGUCGGAAUUCAAUCUUGCAAUGGCGCCCUCCGACGGGAGGAGUGAUCAGUAUACCGCACUGCGUCAUCGACGGAAUAGAAGGGUGCCUUACGUCAAUCAAGCAUGCAUCGAAUGCAAGAGGAAGAAGAUCAAGUGCGACGGUGUUAACCCCUGCGCGGCAUGCUCACGGAAUUCAGUUACGUGCCAAUACCACCCACAGCGUCGAACUCGGCCAUCACAAUCGCCUGGCCAAGAGACGAGUCCCAUCCUUGAAUCCAGGUCAGAUCUCAUGUUUUGUGACGCAAGUAUUAAUUCACCGGAGUUCUGUGGCCCAUCAAGCUCCGAGUUCACCUUUGGAGUUGUCAAAGGCAAUCUCGAGGCCAUGGGAAUCCCGCCCGCUAUUCUGGACAAGUCUACUCCGGAGACCAACCCUGCCUCAAAUACGCCAUCUCAGCUGGCGCAAUACGGGCCACUCAUGAAGAUUCUGGCCCGAGAUCCGCUGUGGGAAAUCAGCCUUGAAGAUGCUACCAACCACAUUCAACAGUGGUUUUCGGGCACCGGCUUUCUCUACGCCGUUGUCAGUGAAGAGCAGCUGCUAAAGGUUGCUGGUAGCGUUUUUGACACUCUUCGGACUGUCAAUGUGCACGAGACGCGGGGUCGAGGAACUCUGGCAGAGUCUCUAUUCCACAGUGAUACCAACAAAUUGAAACUUAUCCUGGCCAUCUGCCUAACUUUGGAGAGCGGAAGUUGCAAUGACUUAGCUCAAAGGCUCUUUCAAAGCGCCACAGAAGCUGGCGAAGGACUUCUAUGGGGCAGAAAUUCGAUUAGCAACAUACAGAUGCUGGUACUGAUGGCACUCUACUACUAUCACCUUGAUGAAGAAGUACGGACCGGUCGCAUUAUUGGAUUUGCAGCUCGGCUCUGCCUCGAAAUGGGCUUACAUCGCAGGGCUUCCGUAGAUCACUUUGCCAAUUCGGAAGAGCAAGCAGCGGGGCUACAAACGUUCCGAUGCGUGUACAUGCUGGAGAGAAGGACGAGCCUGGGUCAGGGUAUACCGUUCUAUAUACAGGACUGCCAUGUUGACCCGACACUACUUGCAAUGAACGGACAUGAUCCGGUCAUGACCGCGCUUCUCGACUGGACCAAACUAGCGGGCAAGACGUGGUACGCUCUCAACAGCCAAGUCGAGAAAGAGAGUGAGCUCAACAUCGAUGAAAUUGACUAUCUCGAUUACCGGAUCGAGCAGUGGUACCAACUCCUGGCUGAUGACCUGAAGCUCGAACCCAUCCAGCCGGGACAGGAGGUUCGGCAUGUUCAGGCCGUGCUGUUCCUUCGCAAGAGUCACCUGCACAACUUGAUCUGUCGCCCGGUGCUUCAAUCCGCUACGCGGAUUACGCAGUAUCAGAGACAUGCUCACAAGGCCGUCGCGGUUGCAAGGGAGUCGCUGCAGGUGCUCUCGAGCCUCAACGAAAACACCGCCAUCAUCAAGCGCAACCCGCUUUUUUUCAAACACCUCUUGCUGACUGCCUUUGGCAACCUGUUGCUGGCAGUCGUGAAUGCCAGCUCCAUGUUCUGCGAUAAGGUCACUGUUGAGUUUGACAUUGCGCUGGAGAUGAUCAGAACCUUAAGCAACAGGUCGGCGCUGCUGCUGACUCUCUGGGAGCGACUUCAAGGCCUACGUAAACUCACAGCACAGCUGUCCGCAUCCUCGGCCACUUCAUCAGGUAGUAGCGCGCCAGGUGAACAAAGACAGGGUGUUGAAAGUCCUUCUGAUGCUUUGUUGUUUGGAAAUAUGGGAGAUAUGAUGGUUUUUGACCAGCUUAACGGUUUCUUUGAUCUUACACCCAUGUCCACGGAUUGCGCAACGGGCAAUUGGACUUUUCCGAUUGGCGAUUGAGCAAAUUCCGGCCGCUUCCGAACCGGAACUAACAGCGGGGUCAAACUAACUCCGGUCAUCCUGUCAAAGCAAGCAGUUAUUAAUCUCCAAAC